AUGAGUGUGUGUGACACAUUAAUACAUGAAAUAUCUCGUCAACUACACAUUUCUUGUAAAUGUAUUCGCCAAACUAUUCGUAAAUUUGAUAAAUUUCAUACAGUUGCUACGAAACCUGGUGCUGGACGUCCACCAAAAGUAACACAACGUCAAAAACGAUUGAUUAAGCUUCAACAACUUCGGGACGAUACAUUGUCAUUGACCGAUCUCGUUCGAUUUGCUCAUACAGAUUUGAAUUUAACAAUUAGUCGACACACAGUCAGUCGUAUUCUUCGUGAUUUUAAUAUGGUUUCGUAUAUUGCACCUAAAAAACCUCGAAUUACUCCUGCACACAGACGUGCUCGACUUGACUGGUCUUAUGAACAUUUGAACUGGUCAAUAAAUGACUGGUCGAACGUUGUAUUUACUGAUGAAAGUAACUAUGAAAUAUUAAAUCGGAAGAAUAGAAUAUAUAUACGUCGUUUUCGUCACGAUCGAACUCGAUUUGAACGUUCUCAACAACGUGUACAUAAAGGAGGAGGGAUUAUUAAUAUCGAUGCAUAUGCUGAUGGGCCUAUUGAUAUUGCCCAAUACGACAUAGGAGAGCCCAUAAUAAGUGGCCCAUCCAUGAGAGAACAAUAUGAUGAAUUGGCUGAACGAUAUGAAGCAUCAAAGAGAAUGCCACAUAUAUUUAGCAAACUCUAUGAGAUCUGUGUACUCAACAUCUGUACAGAUGGAUUAGAAAUGGCUGUAGAUCAAUCGUUGUUCAAUAAUGAAAAUUCACGUCCAUUGGCUAUGUAUUUGCAUCAUGAGCGAAGCGUUGGUACUCAUCUAUUUUGUGCGAAUACUCUUCCUAAUAGCUUUAUUGUCGAUUAUCUCAAUCAAAACUUUGUCUUAUGGGUAUAUGAUCGAACCGAUGAUGUUGAUUAUAAAGCCCUUCAAACAACAAUACGACAAUGCAUUGGUGAUUCUAUCGUUCAAGAACUGAGUCUAUUCAAUAUUGAUGCCUAUCCAUUACUUAUUUGUUUAUCAUUUAAUUUGGGCAAUUAUGAAAUCACCAAAAUUAUUAAGGGUACCAUGGGGAAAGAUGAAGCAAUCGGCUGCCUUCAGGAUGCACGACUACAAUUCGAUCGACGUAUAGAAGAUCCCAUUACUAACGAAUAUUUUUCUUCAAUUCGUCCAACAAUUAACUAUGAUGAACCUUUUUGUAAGUUUAUAGCAAUAACAAGCGAAGAUGUUUCGAAUAAUGAGGACACAACAGUAUCUCAAUCAACAUCGACUGUCAUUGAGUCUUUUUCAAAUACUCACCUGGAUUCGAAUCCCGACACGGUGACAAGUUGCAAUGAGAUUAUGCCAAAAAAUGAACAUAAAGCAGAUAUAACUUCUACUAAAGAAGUAUUGAUUUCAACAGCGGCAGAAAAUUCAGAUAAGAUUACAUCACAGGAGCCACUCCAAUCCAUUAGUGAAUUAUUGUCCAAGGUUAAUGUUGCUGAACAAUAG